CUUAUAUGAAAUUACUAUACUUUGCUAUUGUAUCUUGUCAAUGUUGCAGUCAAGGACAGAGGCACGCAAACAACAAUGGCCAGCGUGGAAGGUGAAGCAGUUCCAAUCUACAUUAAACAAAACGAUGACCAAGUACAUCGGAUUGUAAAACAUAAUAUUUUAAAAAUACUCUCUCAGGAUGGAGUGGAUGAUUGCAAAAUUAUGAUACUGUCUGUGACUGGAGCUAUGCGUGAAGGGAAAUCGUUUAUUCUAAAUAUGUUUAUCAGAUUUCUUGAAUCCGGACGAUCUGACAAUUGGAUGAAUAGUAAUGACGCCCACCUAACUGGAUUUUCUUGGCGAGGCGGUACAAAAUCUAAUACAAUGGGGAUAUUAAUGUGGAGCAAACCAUAUUUUUCAACUCUACUGGACGGAACAAAGGUUGCAAUCUUUCUCAUUGACACUCAAGGAGCAUUUGAUAAUGAAAAUGAUCUCACUCAAAGUUCAAAGAUUAUAACAAUGAGUCUUGCAAUAAGUUCACAUAUGAUUUACAACGUAAACAAAUGUUUGCGAAGCGAUAAAUUAGAAUUUUUCGAGAUGUUCGUAGAACAUGCUAGAAUGGCUGAAGGUCUUCACGGCAAAAGUUUUUUUCAGGCGUUGCUGUUUUUAAUUCGUGAUUGGGCAGAUCGUGAUGAACAUAGCUGCGGUGCCAAGGGCGGAGAAAAUUAUGUUGAUGAUCAACUUAGUAGAGGGUCACAAGAUAACGUCAGAAAGGAAAACUUUAAAAAAAUGUUCGAGCAAGUUGGGGGAUUUCUAUUACCUCACCCUGGAAAGAAAGUUGCGCAAAGCAAACAAGAACAAUUCAAUGGCGCCUUUGAGGACAUAAGUUCAGAUUUCAGACAACAUUUGGACGAGUUGGUACAUUUUUUAUUCGAUCCAGAUAAAAUAUCAUUAAAAAAAUUUAAUGACAAACCAAUUCAUGGACGAGAAUUAGCAGAGUUUGCGUUGCAAUUUUCGAAAAUGUUGGAAAGUGAUAAUCUGCCAACCCCCAAAGACUUUGUAGAGGCACAGAUUGAGGCUGCUAAAAAUAAUCUGGUCAUCGAGUUUAGAAACAAAUUCAAAAGCAAAAUGAAGCAGAAUAUGGGCGAGAGCCCAUUUCUGAAGAACACUGAAUUUGCACAAAUGGCCAAAAGUGCAGAAAACGAAAUAAUCGCAGAGCUGGAAGGCAGGGCUUUUUACGGUGGUGAUGAAUCGAAAAAAGAGGCUAUGGAAUCGGUGAAACUGCACAUCAAGAACGACAUUGGAGAACUUUCUGAUCGGAAUCUAGCAAUAGAAGCCGAGUGUAGAAUAGAUUACGACAAAUAUAUAGACGAAAAGAAAAAGGAGCUUUCGGAUAUUUUGCGGAAGAAAUUUUCACACUAUGUCGAAGAAAUUAAAAUAAAAGAUUUAUGUAAAGAAUACGAAUCAGUUAUUCUUGGAAAACAUUUUGAUGGCAUUAAACGUAGAGUUGAAGAUUUUGAAGCAGAGUACACUUCGAAAAUCAAAAACAUGAUAAAACAAUUAUGUGAUGAUGUCGUUUUACAAAACACAAACAAUCUGAAAGUGAUGCAACAAUCUCUGGAUCUUCAAAUAAACGAUAUCUACGAAGAGGCAAAAGUAAAGUUAUCUGAAAUUCUGCAGCAACAAAAUAUUAAAGAUUCAUCUCAAGCUGAUUUAAUUUUGAAACAAAUAGUGGAUGACACAACCGAGGAAUCGGUGUUAGCAGACAUUCCAAAAACAAUAUUUAAGGAUUGGAAAAUAAAGUUACGUACAAAAUUGGAAACACUUUGUGAUUUGGCAUCAACAAUCAUCACUCGAAAUAAAGAAAACGAUGAAAUGCAAAUUUCUGAAAAACUUGACGAAUUGGGGAAAUACUUCAUUAUACAAGUCGUAAAGCUAACAGACAAAAAAGUGAAAAGUAAGCCUCAGCUGGAAAAAAUUCGCCAAAAUUCUGCUGAAAAGACAAAGAAAACACUCUCGGAUAUGGAUUUGAGUGAAUAUAUAAAAAAUCAAUGUCUGGAACGAUUGGGUGCGAUUUUAGAAAACAAAUUCAAAACCAUCUUGGAAGAGAAUCAACAAAAACAGAAAGAUUUCCAUGAACUUUGCAGUAUGGAAUUGGAAACAUGUUACAAUUGGGCACAAAAUGAAUUAAACGAUAAAUGUGGAAAUGAUGUCAAAAACGAAAUAGAUAUUAAGGCAAUUCACAAGAAAAUUAGACUGGAAGCUUUGGAUAAAUUCACAAAAGCUGUUUCCGACGGACCAAUGGAUCUUUAUCGUAGUUCGAGGGAAAAUUUGAAAACCAAGUUGAACAUAUUACUUUCUGAAACAAUUGAAGAACAUGAAAGCAGAAGGAAAAGAAUACUUGAGGAGCUUUCAAAGUUUACUAAAGAGAGAAGACAGCAAUAUACAGAAAAAAUGAAAAAGGCUCUGGAUCAGCCCGACCCGGUGGAAUUGGAAAAUCUCAAAAAGCUUCACAUGAAAUGCAAAUCUGAUACGCUAAAAGAAUAUGCUGAAAAUUCAAAAAGAAUGCCGGAUAUCUUGAUUUCCGAGAAGAACAAAGAUUUAAAUAGGAUGCUGGAAGGAGAAUUUGCAAAGUUACAAAAAAGUAACAUGGAUAAAUUGAAAAUGCAGAAAGGAAAAGAAGCUGAUUGCAUACAAGAAUGUAUUAAAAUUUACAAUCAAGAAAUGGAAAAGGCCUGCAAAGAUUUGAUGGAUGAUUUAUAUAUAGAAGAAAGCCACAAUGAAUCCCAACAAAAAUCAUUUGAUCGUAUGCAACAUAUAUCAGCGCAAUUCACGAGCCAAAUGCAUAACAGAGUAAACGCAGAAUUACAAAAAAUGAUUCGUGAAAAAAAGGAGCACCACCGGAAAAUUGCGAAUAGUAAUAAAAAUAAAGCCCGCAAGAAAUCCGCCUCGAUUUUGAACGGAGUAAAAUUGGAAUUCCAACGAUCCUUAGAAACUAAAACUGGGGGGAACGCGUGUACAGAAGAAAACUUGAGAAAAUAUUUUUCUGAGGCUGAGAAAAAAUCCGAGGAAUAUUUGAAGCGGAUGAAUAUUAGUCAAGUCGAGCGGCAAUUUUGCCAACAAAAUCUGCAAGAUACUUUUGACAAGUGGAAAGAGGAAUUUUGUGACCGGAAUAAACGUGCCGAGGCAGAGUUGCACAGGAGCUGUAAAAUAUCCUUGGAUAAAGCCAAAAGAAUCUACAGACAGCAUAUUAAAAAUGUCAAGAAAGAUCAAGACAAUGAUGACUUGAAUCCACACCAUUACCGUGCUAAUGACGAAGCAAUGUCUUCAUUUGAUUUGGAUCUUUUGAGGGGAAACGAGGAAAUCGUUAGAAAAUAUAAAAUUGACCUGGAAGAAUGGAUCAAAACGGAAUGGAGCUUCUUCCUCAAUCAUGGGGAACUGCAGGUCGUUCAAGAACGUGAAGAAUCUGUCAGAGAGACAAGUCAGUGCAAUUGCUGUAAUGCUGUAGAAGCAAUAUUGAAGCACGUUGAACAAAUAAAAUCAGACAUUGAAAUUGUUAAACAGCAACAAGCGAAUCUAAAAGACGAAUUAUCUGAGCUUUCGACAAAAAUUGGAAAAUGACGAAAAUAUUUAUUUAGAUAAUGAUAAUUCAUUGAACAUGAUCUCUGAAUAUGAGAAACAGCUGACAAAUUUUUGUUGCAUAUAUAAUCAAGGAAUGGUGUGGUCACCAUAAAAACGUACGUUUGCUAUGGCAGUAGAUAUACUAAAGCAGAUAGAAGGGGUUUAUUCAAGCUACUGCAGAUAAAUCAUCAACUCCAAGGCCCAAGCAAUUUGUACCUGCUGUUGAUAAACUUAUGUCACACACUGUAAAAAAAAUUGUGAAUUUACAGCCAUCUCUUUUUAAAAAAUACGCGAGUUUGUCGGUAUAGCUCAUAAUUUAUACGCGCUGACAAACUAAUGUCGAUAUUGUAAAACUGUUAAUAAACUUAUGCCCUAGCCAACAUAUAUAUAGUCGGUAUAGCCCACAAUCUCUACGAGCUAUAGCUGACAAACUAAUGUAUCGUAAAACUGUAAUUGCCAUUGUGUACGACUGCACCCUGUUAAGCAUUUGCAUUCUGGCCACCAUCAAUCUGUUUGCAGUAUAUGUGUUAUGUUUUCUAAUGACAUCUCGUGUACCAAGUUUAUUAUUUUCAUUACGUGCCCUAUCACACUUGUGUCAUGCACAAGGAAAACAUUUAUCUCUAGUAUGUCUGUCUUUAGUAUAUAUGGAGCACUUGGCUAUAACACAGUACGAAUGCCCUAAUAAGGUAGCCCAAAGAUUACCCAACUCAAUACUGAUAGUUUAUGUUAUUGGCCUACAUGUAUUUAAACUCGCUUUUAUUGAAAGUAUAUACAGGUAAUGUUUUUGUUUAAAAGUGUAUUGGCGAUUUAUUAACAUGGGUUUUUGAGUAAAAUGCUAAUUAGCCCGCCACGAGAGAUUCGAGUAAUUUUGUUAACUCAGUAGUAUAUCACUCAUAAUUCGCUAUUGUUCGAGGCACAUAAACAGACUUCAACAAAGUUCUGCUUUAAUUAAAUCCAAAGCUGUGCAAAACCUUGUUUCGAGACAAAUCAACAAAAACUAAUUUAAAGAACAGCAAAACUGACUAA